GGGGCGCGGCGCUGGCGAGAGCGUGCCUGGUCCCCGCCCCUGUUUCCCACUCUUCCUUCCACCUCCGACCGGCCGGAGCUGCGGAGCGGCUCCGCUCGCCGGUCCCCGGAGCCGCCGCCUGCUCCCUCCGCCCGCGGCGAGCCCGUCAAUCCCCGCACAACGCGCUCCUCCAUCUGGGCCAUGGAUGGCGGGGAUCUGAUGAGCUUCUUUCUCCUGGUGUCAUUAACGGACCUUCUACCAUGAACAAUUCAACUCCUUCAGGUGUGUAUGCUAAUGGGAAUGACAACAAGAAAUUUAAAGGAGAUAGACCUCCCUGUUCGCCUUCCCGUGUUCUCCAUCUUCGCAAAAUUCCAUGUGAUGUCACCGAAGCAGAGGUCAUAUCAUUAGGUCUACCAUUUGGCAAAGUAACUAAUCUUUUGAUGUUGAAAGGAAAAAGCCAGGCCUUUUUAGAAAUGGCUUCUGAAGAAGCUGCUGUUACUAUGGUAAAUUAUUACACUCCAGUUACUCCUCAUCUACGAAGUCAGCCUGUUUAUAUCCAGUAUUCCAAUCACCGAGAACUUAAGACUGACAAUCUGCCUAAUCAGGCUAGAGCCCAAGCUGCACUGCAGGCUGUCAGUGCUGUCCAGUCAGGAAACCUGUCCCUUUCUGGAGCUCCUUCCAAUGAAGGUGCAGUUCUACCUGGGCAGAGCCCUGUGCUCCGGAUAAUUAUUGAAAACUUAUUCUACCCUGUCACUCUGGAAGUUCUUCAUCAGAUAUUUUCUAAAUUUGGCACGGUCUUGAAGAUUAUCACCUUUACAAAGAAUAAUCAAUUUCAAGCCUUGCUUCAGUAUGCUGAUCCACUGAAUGCACAUUAUGCCAAAAUGGCUUUGGAUGGCCAGAAUAUCUAUAAUGCAUGCUGCACUCUGCGUAUUGACUUUUCCAAGCUCACCAGCCUUAAUGUGAAAUAUAAUAAUGACAAAAGCAGAGACUUCACUCGCUUAGACCUUCCUACUGGUGAUGGCCAGCCAUCUCUUGAACCUCCUAUGGCUGCUGCUUUUGGUGCACCAGGUAUAAUUUCCUCUCCAUAUGCAGGGGCUGCUGGAUUUGCCCCCGCUAUUGGAUUUCCUCAAGCUACAGGUCUGUCUGUCCCAGCUGUUCCUGGAGCCCUUGGUCCUCUCACGCUCACCUCCUCUGCUGUCACUGGAAGGAUGGCCAUUCCUGGGGCAAGUGGUAUACCAGGGAAUUCUGUUCUGCUUGUCACUAACCUCAAUCCUGAUUUUAUCACACCACAUGGGCUUUUUAUCCUGUUUGGAGUGUAUGGUGAUGUACAUCGAGUGAAGAUCAUGUUUAACAAGAAAGAAAACGCCUUGGUGCAGAUGGCAGAUGCGAGUCAAGCUCAGCUAGCAAUGAACCAUUUAAGCGGUCAGAGACUUUAUGGAAAAGUACUUCGUGCUACACUGUCCAAACACCAAGCAGUUCAGCUCCCUAGAGAGGGACAAGAAGACCAAGGUCUGACUAAGGAUUUCAGCAAUAGUCCCCUGCAUCGCUUUAAAAAGCCUGGCUCGAAGAACUUCCAGAAUAUCUUCCCACCAUCAGCCACUCUGCAUCUUUCCAACAUUCCCCCUUCUGUUACAAUGGAUGAUUUGAAGAACCUUUUUACAGAAGCUGGAUGCUCAGUGAAGGCUUUUAAAUUCUUUCAGAAAGAUCGUAAGAUGGCACUCAUUCAGUUGGGGUCUGUGGAAGAAGCAAUCCAGGCCCUUAUUGAGCUUCACAAUCAUGAUCUUGGAGAGAAUCAUCACCUUAGAGUUUCCUUCUCAAAGUCUACCAUCUGAGUUCUCUGAAUUUUAGACUGGACCAUAAUUUCAGUAAAGUCUUCAGGCACAGACUGAAGCAGCUCAAGACCAAUUCUGCCUCUCACAAAAGUAACUCUUUGGGAGUUUGAUUGAUAUUCAAGUACAUUUAAAACAAGAGAUAUUCCCUUUUUUUUUUGUCUGAUUUUUCCCACUAAUGUAUGAUCAAAGGUUUGCUUUUCCUUUGUACUGCAGUUUCUAUGAAAAUAAUUUUCAGGAAAAAAGAUCAGGAAAAUAUUUUUUAAAUAAUUUAAUUCCCUGAAUUAGAUUUCAAAAGGAAAGACUUUAAGUUUGGGUUCAGAUCAGCCUUACAUGACAUUUCUAAUACCCUUUGUACUUUGAGGAAUUUAGACAUACAGACUUUUACAAUUUCUUGAUGUAAUUUAAACCAUUUACAACCAAGUUUUUAACUUUGUGAUUCAGAAGUUUCCCUGUGGAAAAUGAUGUUCACUUAUAAAUUAUAUCAGAUAUUUGCAUCUAUUGAUAGUUAUUAUAUAUAACCACAUGGAGUUAUAUUGGAAGCAGGUUUAUAAACAUGCAUGCUUUCUUUCGAUGAUUUUUUUUUUUUUUUCACUGUAUGACACUCCUUUGAAAAAUGUAUAUCUUCUCUUUCAAAGACUAUUUGGAAAAGCAAAGUGUUGGAAUUGUCCCCAGGGAUACAGAAGUGGAAUUCAGCCUGAAUCUGUUACAAUAUCAGAAUAAUUAAUCAUUUAAAAAAAAUCAUGUUUUAAAUUUCAAAAUUACAUUUGUCAAGUAAUGUAAUGUGAUCUUGGAAACUUUUAAAAGAAAAAUAAUCCUACUUUUUUAUAAUUGUUUUGAGAAAAAAAGUUUACAGUCUUAAGGAAAAUAUUCAGGUCUAUCAUAUGGUUUGACAGAUUUUUUAAAAGUUAUUUUUGGUAAGGUCUUCUUUUAGAAAAAAAAUCUCAAGGGUUUUUUGUACCACUAUAAUCUCUAAUACUCAGAAUUACUGUGUAUUUACUUAAUUUCUUAUUAUGUGCCUUAUUAUGUAUGUGCUUAAGAUAUAAUAGAUUAGAGUUUUAUCUAAAUAUCUAGAAAGAUAAAUUGUGGGCUUGGUGAGCAUUCUGGUUUUUUUUUUUUUUCCCUUUCCUUGUCUUGGAUUUUAAGGGUUCCCUCCCUUUUUUCAUUGCAAUUUUAAGUGAUUUUCAAUAAGUAAUAGUUUUUAUUCAAAUUUUUGGUGCUUUGGUGUGGUGAUGGGAUAGGGAAGGGUGACUGGUUGGGAAUGACUGAGUGUGCACCUGUAGGCUCUGUUGUGACUGCUGGUUGCCUCCAGCCUUUAUGUAAAGUAGAAGCUGUAGAACUGUCUCAGUUCACAUCUGUCUGACCUUUACCACCUGUUAGGAUUUGUCUCAGGAUUACUUGGUUCUUUCUCAGCACUCAAGUGAGAACUUGCUUUUCUUUGUUAAUGGACUUCAUUACUGAAUGCCCACAUAUUUGGAGUAUGAGAAAGUGGGUUGUGUUUUAUACUCUGACCCUCUUAAUUUUUUUGGUUGAAUGUAAAGUACAUGUUAAUGUUGCUUCAGUGGUUAUUUCAUGUAAAAUUGUUUCUUUAACAUAAAACUGCUUAUGUUAAUUAUUCCUUCAAUGCUUAAUCAGUUUUUAUAAUACAGAAUUUGUCAAAGGGAUCAAUUUUGUCCACCCCUUUUCACUUUUAAUAUUCUCAGAGUUGAUCAUCUCAUCUUUUAAAAAGUAUCUCAGACUUCUAUUUUCAGCCAUUAAUUUGGUCAUGCAUUUUUCUCUUUUAAAAAAGAAAGGAAAAAAGUUUUACAGAAAAUAGAAGCCGAAAGAGAUAAUUAUAGAUUGUUUAAAAUCAAAUCAGAAUUCCCUCAAUAUGAAGCAACAGUUGGUAGAACAUGCAUAGAGAUGCUCAGUUGGAACAAUUCAGAUGGGUCACCUUAGUAUUGGCUGAAUAGAAAGGCUUGAUAAUUGUAUGUAUAGUUGGGUGUUUUCCCACAUUUGAGGUAUAUUUUCACCUGAAUACUGAAUAAAAGGAGGGGAGAAAUUGGGAUAGUUUCCCCAGAUUGGCCUUUUUCUUUUCACAAAGACACUAUAUAUUAGUUUUCAGUGACAUUUUUAAAUUGGAUUGUUUUAUUUUGAGUUGGGAACUACUAUGUAGUUUAUUAAUUCCUGACACAUAACAUCCAGCAUAAGUGUAGCAAAAGUUAGUGAUAACAGAAGGGAAAUCAUAAUAGUGUUGAAUGUAAUUCUGAAGUAGGGAUGGCCUUUAAAUCUGGGAGAACAUUGAAAUCCUUUUCAGGGAUUUGUGUAGAUAUGUGUGCGUGCGUGUGUGUGUAUAAAUAAGUGUAUGUACAUACAUAUACUCUUUUAAUGUUAUAUAUACAUAUGCACAUUACGUACAUUUUAAUUUAUUGACAAAAUUAACAAAAUUAAGAUUUGGGAACGUAGGAUAUACUUUAAAAGAGCAUGUUUGAAGUCAUCAGUUAUGUCUAAAAUUAGCUGUAGCAUAUGGAUACUGCCCAUAUUGAGCUCUUUAUUGUUUGAAUCAUAGAGGUAUUUGUGUUGGCAUAGUUUUAAAUAUUGGGGUGGUGGAAAAUUUGAUCUUUGUGUUUUAUUUUGGCAUGCAUUUAUUCAGUAUCUUUCAAGCAGUGGUUUAUUUUUUGCUGUUAAUCUUUGAGAAUGCCUUGCUGAGUUAAUUUACUUUAUUUUGAGGAGUGUUGUCAUAUACUUUUCAAGGUAUCCUAACUUUUACAAAGCAUAUAGAAAUUCAGGACUUAAGGAAAUAAAUAGCAGUACACUUUUAAUAAUAGUGCUGUAUAGCAAGGUGUUUUACUUUGGGGUUUGGAUAACUCAAAAUCUGGUAAAAUAUGUUUUGUGACAUAUGAGAAUAGACAAAUCAUGCAUUCUCUUAAUUGACAGUUUGCUAGAGUUUCAGGAUUACCCAUAUUCCCAUAAAAUGACAUGAGAUCUUCAGGACUAAAUGCUAGAAGCUGUUCUUUGUAGCAGUGUUUGAACUGAAUGUUUUAGAGUUACAGUUGCUGUCUUUUUAAUUCCUUCUUCGUUUUUAUCUCCUGUGGUGGUUAAGGGUCCUGUUGAAAUUUGGAAUUAGUCCUUAUGAGCCAGGCAUGGUAGCAUACAACUAAACUCAGCCUGGACUGCAGAAUAAGUUCCAUGCCAGCUUUGCUACAUUAGACCUUGUGUCCCCAUCUUCCCCAAUUAAAAAACAAACAAAAGAAAACACACACACACACACACACACACACACCAAAACAAACAAAAACUUAGAAUCUACAGAGUGUCAAUUUUUAAAGUCUUCAUUUCAUUGGGCAGAACAUUUAUUUUUGAAUGUAUUAUAAUGUAGUUUCUCUUAACGUUCCAUUAAAUGUCCUUGGACAGAAAAUGGCAAACUCAGAAAUAAUGAUCUUUCGUGCCUCAGUGAAUCCACUUACAAAGCCCAAACAUAACGCUUAGAAAACCCAGUGUGUACUGCUAUUUUUAAAACCAAAAAGCAUGCCUGUGAUCAGAGCAUUUUUCUCAGCUUUUCCUUUGUCUUGAUCUAUUGUCAAUGAGAAUAAAACUGCCAGACUUAAAAUAUUGAUUGUUGUGCUAAAACAAACCAAUUUAGAUUGUACAUAACCUAAAGUGUAACUCAGCUGUCUUUUAAAGGGUUUUUUAAGGUAGAAGACUGUUUAUGGUCUUUUUCAGAGCAAAUCCUAACAGGUACUUGUGAUUGUUUAAAAAAAAAAAAAAAGUAGAAAAUUACAGAAAUGUUAAUUGGGGGGGGUGUAAAAGAGAAAACAAACAGGACCAAAGUUUACGUGCCUUCUUUUGUAGUCUUAAUUGACCUUUUCUUCCUAUUUGAGCCUAUGGUAGCAUUGAUAUUUUGAUUUUCAGGAAAUAUGUACUAUGAAGUUUAAGAGAAUGUUGUCCCACAAACUAGUUAUCUAAUCAUACAAGCAAAUAGUUAUAACUGAAUACGCAAAAUCUCAGUUACACUUUUGCCUUCAGUACAAUGUGUUUCAUUGUACUGAUGGAAGAGCAGAGCUGCCCUUGGUCACCUGAGCUCUAGCGGGCUGAAGCACAUGCUCCAGAGAGCAGGGACCUUGGUGAUGAUGACAGUCAUGCCUGAAAGCUGCUGAUGGCAAACUUCUCUUAGCACUGUCAACAGAGUUUUGUUGUUUGUAGUAGUUGUAAGAACAGGUAUUUUAAGUAGUUGUUUUUGGUGUCAUUAAGAAUAUCAUACUCUAGUCUUUUUCUUCUUCCUUCUUUCUUUCUUUCUUUCUUUCUUUCUUUUUCUUUCUUUACCACUCAUUGUUACCCAGAUCUUUAAAAAAAAAAAAACAUCCUUUAUCCAGGAAGCACUAAUUACAAAGCUUGCUGACCACACCAAGUUAUUCAUUGAAAUGUCACCUCAUUGCUCUGACCAAAGACUGUCUGUUCUGGUUUUAACUCAUCUGUGAAGCAUUUUCCUUGAGCUCUUUUCUGAAAGAUCCCAUGCAGAGUGAGCGGCCUUGACUUUUCCAUUUCCUAUUGAUGAAUAGACUGCUUACAGAAAAUGGGAAUUUUACUGUGAACAGAAGGGAGUGGGACAACAAAGAUGGAUGGUCAUUUUCAGUACUGUAUUUGAGGGGGUGGGAAAAUAGCACAGCUAGAAGCCUCUUACAUUGUCUAGUGUUUUACAUGGUCUGUUCAUAAAAUUCCCUUUUCCUGUUUGUAAGAAUGUUCAUCUAACAGAAGAAAAUGCUGUAAAUAUUUGUAACAACAUUUUUUUUUAAAACCAGGCCAAAAAGAAGAAGAAGAAGAAAAAAAAAAAAAAAAGGUUUUUGGGAACAAGUUAACAUAUAAAGUGGUUUUAUAGAAAACAGCGAUUGUCUUGUAUAUUUUGAUAAGCAGCAGUACCAGAUUUCAUUUGUAAUACAGUUUGUGGUAUUGGAAGAAAAGGAUUCUGUGGUUGUCUAAGUGAAUUAUGUUAUAAAUGCAAAGAGGAGGAAAUAUUAAAAACCAUAUUUUCUAACUGUGUAGUGCAUGGUUAAUUCAAGCUUCUGUACACUACAAUAUUGAUUCCAUUUUCCUUUGGUUUGUAUAUUUGAUACUGUUACUUGGAAUCUCAGUCUCUUUUCCUAACAAGUAUAGCAUUGUAGCAUGCCUUUUAAUAAAUGUCAUGGCAUCUGUACUCUCUUAAAA